AAUUCUAUCCUUAUCCUGACAAUGUCCCAGUCCCACCCAACCCACGAACGAGUACAAUCGCCUUGCUUGGGGGAAGGACUACAGUACUUUUGGACAAUUAGUACUGGACAGGGAAAGAACAGUUGUACUUCCCCAUCUAUGUAUCUAUCUUAAGCAAGAACAGUACGUACUACCUUGUGCGAGAAAGCUUAACGAUAGUACUUAACGAAUCCGCCUUGUUUCUCAUCUCCCUUCCUCCAUUGGAAAUUCCGACAACCUUUGUAACAUCAAUCAUCAGUUAUUGCCCUCCUGUCCUGUUGUGUCUUAACAUCAAUCAUCAGUUAGACACAAAAUAAGGAAGAAGAAAGAAGAAGAGGAAGAUCAAUCGAUUAAUUAGCCAGCAAAAAGAUGAUGCACAUGACGUUCUACUGGAGCAAGGAGGUGACCCUCCUGGUGGACUCGUGGCGCACCCGGUCGUGGGUCGACUACGCCCUCACCCUCCUCGCCUGCUUCCUCGCCUCUGCAUUCUACCAGCUCCUCGAGGACCGCCGUGUCCGCCUCAACCUACGUCUCUCCUCCUCGUCCUCCUCAUCCAGCCGGGCCACUGACAGCCCGGAUGCGUCCCUGAAUACGACGCUGUUAUCCAAGUCGGCGAAGAUCGGGUCCGGGAGUUCCAACAGGUGGUCCCGGGGUAGGGUCACGGAGGCGGUCAUGUUCGGGGUGAACUCUGCGAUCGGAUACCUGCUGAUGCUCGCGGUGAUGUCAUUCAACGGCGGGGUCUUCGCAAGUGUCGUCUUCGGGCUAGCGAUCGGGUACUUGGCCUUCAGGAAUGGGGACGAGGUAGCCUCGAUGGUGGUUGCUGAUAACGCCUGUGCCUGUGCCUGAUCAAGCCCUACGUAUAGUAAUUUCAUUUCUACUCUAUGUUUUGUUUUUCUGGUUACUUUUGCACUUUUCAAGUACCAUUGUCGAAUGAACCUGCUGUGAUUCCACAUAUGAAAUGUAAACUGUGUCCAACACAAUAACAGGACAUUUGUAUAACGCGAAAAUCUUUCGAAGUCAUCGACAGAUUUCCGAAUAAAUACGGACACUAUUGAUGUGGAAUGCAUUAUUAACGAGAUAUUUCAGACAUGUCCGAAUGAUCGGAUGAGUCGUCAACCAA